AUGUCUUCCGCCUAUCAAGGAUUGGGAUCGUCUGGUCUGGGUGGAGGGAGCAGCGGGAACAACAACGGAACCGGAUCUUCAUCUUCAUCAUCUUCUCAUCUCAACAGCAGCAGCAACAAUAAUAACAACAACAACACGAGCAGCAGCAGCAGCAGUAACGGCAAUAACCACAACAGCAGCAACCAUCGAAGAUUAUUCAACGGGUGGAACUACCAGCCCGCAGACCCCCCUCCGCUCCCCCCUCCACCACCCCCGCCGGGUCUAGGCAGUCAGAGAAAUGGUUGUGUCAGUAAUUUUAGUCCCUAUUCUAGUUCUCUACACGGACCAACCCUGCCACACAAUCCAUACAGCUCAUUCGGAACGGGGACUGACUUCCUCCCACACCAGUUUAACCCCUUGAACCAGCUCUCUGCGGCCAGCCAUCGCAACUUGAGCUCGUUUUACCCGGACCUCUACGGCCACCACCACCACCACCAUCAUCAUCAAUCUAGUCCCACGAGUUUAGCCGGAAGAAGUUUGUUGACGGAUCUCGGGAUGCCGCCAAGAUUUGAUAGUGAUCCUCUUGGCAGUUACAUUGCGGACUCGCCAUCUGGCAUUCGAAUCAAGUUGCAGAGCACGCAUCUCAGAAGUUUCGCUAACUUCAUUUCAUUUUAA